CUCUAAGUCAAGUUGGAAGGUAGCUUAAAUGCUUGGCUCCUACAUGCUAUAAAGAAUACAAUUUUGACGCUCUCUCUCUAUCUCCAUCUAAUCGAUUAGAAAUCUCUCCCAAAAUCCGAGCCGAUAUCACAGAUGGGUAGUAAUGAUGCUGUGAUGGUGGAUGAAGUUUCAUUUCCUCCACAAAUAUCCAUCACCAAGCCAUUGCCUUUAGUGGCUCAUGGGAUUACGGACAUAGAGAUACACUUCCUACAGAUUAAGUUUACAGCAAUUGGAGUUUACAUUGAUCCUCAAAUUGGGGCUCACCUCCAAAAAUGGAAAGGCAAGUCACCCGCCGACUUAGCCGAAGACGAUGACUUCUUCGACGCCCUAGUUUCCGCUCCGGUGGAGAAAUUAGUGCGCGUGGUUGUGAUUAAGGAGAUAAAAGGGUCGCAAUAUGGAGUGCAGUUGGAGGGUUCUGUUAGGGAUCGUUUGGCUGAAGAGGAUAAGUACGAGGAAGAAGAGGAAGAAGCUUUGGAACAAGUUGUUCAUUUCUUCCAAUCCAAAUAUUUCAACCAUCAUUCAGUUAUAACAUUUUAUUUCCCACCUACUGCUGCUCAAACUGUCGAGAUUGUAUUUACAACGGAUGGAAAUGAAGAAUCGAAGAUGGAGGUGAAGAACGCGAACGUGGCGGAGAUGAUACAGAAAUGGUACUUGGGUGGAAGCCGUGGAGUGUCUCCGACCACCGUCACCUCCUUGGCCGCCGCUCUCUCCGCUGAGUUAUCCAAAUGAGCUUCAAGCUUUAUUAGAAUAAGGCAUGAAAUAUAGUCAGUCAUAUACUGGCUGAUACUUGAGCCAACUUGUUAGUCAUUUUUGGGAGUUUUUAUUGUAUGCUCUUCAUGUACCUACACCCUUAGUAUAUAAGGUGAUGGUUUUCUCUGUCUUGCAAUAUAUCAGAAAAUAAUAUUCUUUUCUACCAAA